GUUUAUGGAAGGCCUUUCACACACAUUCUAUGGUCCUGAGGAGGAAAAAUGAAAUCCUUUGAAAAGACCACCAGUGUGCAAGCCUCUUAAAAAUCACAAGGACAAUUUGGGAAAAUCUUCAAACUAAAGCUACUUGCUGCUUUGGAAUCUGGAAAACAACACAAAAGUCCAUCAACCCGUCCAUGUUGCAGGAUGAGAGCAGAGGAGCUGAUGCCUUGUGUUCUUAUCACUCUGCUGGGGCUGACCCUGAUGGAGUCAACUCAUGGACAGCACAUGUCAGACGAACCCUGCUCCGUCCAGAUCCUCGUCCCAGGACUCAAAGGAGAGCCAGGAGAAAAGGGAGAGAAAGGGGCACCUGGGAGACCAGGAAGAUUGGGUCCACUAGGGGAGAUGGGACAUACUGGAGUUAAAGGACAUAAGGGUAUUAUAGGACGUUAUGGGAAAAUGGGCCCCUGUGGAAUCAAAGGUUUAAAAGGAGAUAUGGGGGAUCCUGGGCCAAUGGGUCUGAAUGGUGAUCCAGGUGUUCCAUGUGAAUGCACACCCCUGAGGAAGAUGAUUGGUGAGAUGGACAUCCUAGUGGCCCAGUUAUCCAAUGAGAUGAAGUUCAUCAAAACUGCACUGCCCUCCCCUGCAGCUGUCGCCGGCAUCAAAGAGACUGACAGUAAGGUCUAUCUACUGGUCAAGGAGGAGAAACGCUACACCGAUGCAGAGGUCUAUUGUCAGGGAAGGGGUGGACACUUGGCCAUGCCCAAGGACGAGGGGGCCAACGCGGCCAUCGCUGGGUACAUCACUGAGGCGGGCCUGAGCCGGGUGUACAUUGGCAUCAACGACAUAGACCGUGAGGGCCAUUUCACCUACGUGGAUCGCUCCCCCAUGAGCACCUUCAGCAAGUGGAGGGAAGGAGAACCCAACAAUGCCUACAGGGACGAGGACUGUGCUGAGAUGAUGGCGGCGGGGGACUGGACAGAUGUGGCCUGCCAUCCCACCAUGUACUUUGUGUGUGAGUUUGACAAGGACAUUGUCUGAGGGGAAUUUUGAGAGUGGUAGUGAGUUGGAAGGGCAAAGGCCUCAUUGGAGCUGCAUGACAGAGAGAGGCUAUAAUUAUAGAGAAGCCUUUUAUAGUUAUACAGAUGAUGUUCAGUAUGAAACAUUAUUUUGACACAGCUGCAUUUGUUUAAUCACCCACCAGUGCUAAAUAUCAUUGUACAGUUUAGAAUAUUGUGUAUAGAAUACUGUGUAUAUAGUUGUGUAAAAACAAGGUUCUUCUCAGUUUUUCCAGAAUUCUGCUUUUUUGACUUGAAAGUUUGAAUUGAAUGGAUGCUGUUUUUAUAAACCUUUGCAUUGAAUGGCUACAGCAACGUUCCCUUUAAUCUCUUGAUCUGAUUGUUUGUUUGUUUUUUAAGUAAGAUAUAACACAUUAUUUUUGGGGGUCUGUUUCUUGUAAUUGUUUUUUGAAACAAAUAUUCACCAUAUUUUGUUAUGCAGUACUAAAUAUUGAAUGUGAAAAAUACUAUAUUGCUUUAAUAUGGACCAUGCAAACUCAACAAAGUAGUGAGUAACUGUAGAUGCAAAAUGUAUUUACUAUUACCCAAUACAUGUUGGAAAAUACACAAACAUGUCUUGUAGUAUGUUCAUAUUGUUGGUCUGUUAUCUUUUUAGAAAAGUAAUUUCUUGGAAAGUGCACUUACAGGAACAAUAGACAAGCUAGCUAUGUAGGUUGGCAUAGAGUAGUUGGGGAUGGGCUUGAAAGUGUUUGUGAGGUCUGUCAGAUGUCUUGACUUCUGCCGUGUGCCUUGACUUCAACGAUGGUGCAGAGUUCAUGUAGCUGACAUUAUCCAGAUAAUUAAUGGUUUCUGGUAUGUUAUGGGAUAUUCAUCAGCAAAAAACAGAAAGAAAUAAGAUUUUUGGACUUAUCAUAAUGUCUGUUUCACCAAUAGGCUUUCAACGACUGAAUGCAGUAUAUAUUCUAAAAUAUGGAAAUGUAUGUCCUUUUAACAGAAGAGUGUCCUCAGGGAUGCAGAUGGUGAAAUAUGUGAUUUGGUAUUGCUCAUUUGCCUGUAAUACACAACAUAAACACUGAUACUAAUAGUAGUUCAUUUGUUUUUCUAUUUACAAGUAAACGCUAUGUAACUGUCCUACUGGUGUAUUUUGUAGGCUACCUCCACCUAGUGGCUAAUAGUGAAACACUCCUACCACUGUUCACUGUUGAUCUCCUCACAUAGAGCUAUCGGGAAUGUUACCAAAUUAAAAUGGAAAGAUAAAGACACAAACCAGACGUGGCUAUUUCUAGGAAAACAAAAUAUACUGACACCACAUUAAAUUUCAACCGGCAUACCUCGCAUGUGAACCUAUUAACUUAUAUAGACUUACAGGUUUAUGAUGCUUGCAGAUCUACAAUUUAAUUUUAAAAAUCAGUCCUUAUAAUGACCUUUUCCUCUCAUACCAAUGUUUAUAAAAUAUGUAACAUGUUACUCUAUAGGCAUACCUCUUAUUUUAUUUAACUAGGCAGGUCAGUUAAGAACAAUUUCGUAUUUACAAUUACGGCCAAACCCUAAAACGGAUGAUGCUCGGCCAAUUGUGCGCUGCCCUAUGGGUCUCCCAAUCAUGGCUGGCUGUGAUACAGCCUGGAAUUAAACCAGGGUCUGUAGUGAAGCCUCUAGCACAGUGCCUUAGACCGCUGCUCCACUCGUGAGCCCCAAAUUCAACCAGAUACAGAAGCAAAAGGUCUCUCUGCACAUGAUGUAAUCUGGUGAAAACAUUUGAAAAGAUGCCAAGACCUUAAGGAGCAAUUGGAAGGUAAGAAACAAAAAUGACGUGAUCAGAAAAUUGUAACAGUAAUCGUUUGCAAUGAGGACCAGAUUCAAAUUCUAUUAUACUGUAGUUCCAUCUAACAACAGAUCACCUUAUUGUGAUAGAUUAUGAGUGAGCAGCAUUGGUAAUCUCCUUCUGUCAGGAGCUGACAGUCUUAAUAGGGGAAUAUUCAUGUUGGAAUGGUGCCCCUGACUGGAACUCCAUAUAUGGGCAUAGCUGUCUCAUCUAAAAAUGUAUUUUGGAAUGUUGUCUUUGCAAGAACUCCAUGUAUGGGCCUGACAGGAACUCAUUUUGUGGGCGUAGUAAAUUGUUUGCUAAAUGAUUACACCUGAGCUCUAUCUGAAUCAAGAGUUUUUAGGCUAGCACAGUUUGGUUUUCAUCAGGUCGUCAAUUGAUUAUGGAUGCUUUGAUUGCUUUUAAGACUGUGCCUGUUGAUAGUUGACAAGUGUAACUGUCUCAGAGGGUUUUUGGCUGGGGAAUUGGAAACAAGGUAGCAGAGUAGGAUCUCGGGGAUCUAAUAACCAAGUCAUCUGUGGUACUGGGGAAUGUUCCUCCAUGGUUCUUUCCAAGGCCUUAUGAGAAUUUGAUUGUGGAAUAGGAGUGGUGUGAUGUUGGUAAUGUAAGUACACAAGUAGAUCAGUUUGUUGGUAAUAAUUUGUAUUCCUUUUUGAUAGUAACAGGUUUAGGAGUUCUGCCAAUCCAGCACCUGUUAAUUGAGUUCUAGCCUGAGAAAAAUAAAGGUGUGGUCAUACCUGUGGUCCCGUGUCUCUGUGG